CAACACCACCACCGCUACCUUCCCCCCCGCGAACGACCGGCGCGGCCUCAGGACCCUCACCCAGUCACUCUCGUCUCUCUCUCUCUCUCUCCCCCUCAUAAUUUCCAUUUUCCUUCGGCUUCAAAAAACCGUAGCCUCCACAGGACCACUCUCGUCUCUCUCUCUCCCUGCGAGUCUCCAUCUCACCCUGCAACAGUCCCCCUGACCCUGAUCCAGUCCUCCCCGACUCUCGUCUCUCUCUCGCCGAGUGGCCGCGCGACCUCACCCUGACCUAGUAACCACCCCCGCAGGCAGCGGUCGACACGGUUGUAUUUGACGUGGGGUAUCUUGUGGAGUUUCCCUCAGGUCUCAACCAAAGCUAUUCUUAUGUAAUACCCAAUUAUCAAAUUAUUGUUCACUUGGUUUCUAAAUCUUUCUGUGACGGAUGGGGCCCAUGAUUGGCAGACUCAGAGUCACAUACUUGUGACCUCCCUGGUGAUCAGCUGGUCCAUCACCGAGACUCAUCUGGUGGAAGAUAUCCAAAUUCUACAUUUUCAGAGCUUCAACCAAGAAAAAUUGCUUUAGGUCUAAUCACUGCUAAAACUUGCUUUUAAAUUCAAUAUUGAAGGAAUGGAGAAGUUAAAGUGCACAUAGAGCAAAGGAUUAAUAUUGAUCAACAAAGAUUCUCUGGCUGCUACAGUUCACAGCUAUCCAGAUUAAAUGGAGCCAAGAUGGAAAGGAAAGGGCUUCAAGGCUAAAGCUCUUGCAGAGCCCAUUUCAAAGAUUGUAUCCCAAUUGCGGUCAUCUCUAAUUCAAUCAGAUGCUCACGGAUUGCUCGUUGGGUGCAGUGUACUAAUAGCAGCAGAAGCAGAACAAAUUGAUCUUCUCGAUCGUGCAUGCUUUGGUAACCGCAAUACUACAGCUGAAAAGGGCAAGGAGUGGUUUCAGCUGGGUUUGGAAGAAGCUUUUUACCUAUGCUAUUCAUUGAAAUGCCUCACAAUUGUGAGUGACGAUCAUUGUCCAAAGAAUGAUGUAGAGCUAUGGCAGUGCAUGAUAUCAAAAAAAUCAGCUUUCCCUGAUUUCUACAAGGCUUAUGCGCAUCUUCGAAUGAAAAAUUGGGUCGUUAAGUCUGGUUCCACUUAUGGUGUGGACUUUGUUGCCUAUCGGCACCAUCCCUCUCUGGUCCAUUCUGAAUAUGCUGUGCUUGUUUUGUCCGAAGGAGAGGAUGAGGUAAAUGGCCGAUUGAGGUUGUGGUCUGAUCUUCAUUGCGCAACUCGACUUAGCGGAAGCGUUGUGAAGACGCUUUUAGUUCUGAAGAUCAAUAAAAAUGGCAAUGGUGCUGCCUCUCCAUCAUCUUUGGAGAAAUACACCGUCGUAGAGCGCACAAUCACAAGGUGGCGUCCUGAACAAUGCCGUGAAAAUCCUAUGAUAGACGAAAAGAUUACCAAGCAACGAGAAGCUCUUGGAAAAGCAGCAACUUUGAAGACGAAAUUUAUCACAAAACAUGAUGUAAAAUUGAAGAAGGGCGUAGUUGGAAUCGCAAGCAGUCUUAUUGUAGUUAGUGUUAGUCUUACUUUAGUUCUUAUUUCCAUUAUGGUAAGCCGUCGGUUUUGUUUAAAUUAAAUCUUCUUGAGUUAGAAUUUAUUGGAUUUAUGAGUUGAUGUAGAAAGUGGAGUUAUCUUACCCCUCAGUCCGCACCUGCCAUUCUUCGUUGUAAGCUUUGGAUUGAAAGAGAUGGCCAAGCAUUCCAGAAAGUGAAUUACCUUUC